AUGGAGCAAAUCGACGGGGGGCGCCCAAUAGACCAGCCCGACCGCGACAUCGUAAGCAUCGAAAAUCUACAGCUGCCACGUGGAGUCAUAGCACCCGAUGUCUGGGGCAAAGACAAGGAGCAACCCGCUUUGCUCAGCAUCCGCAUUCAGAUGGCAGACCCAGGUUUCAGCUCCGCCGCAAGUCAGGACAAAGUUAAUGCGAGCACGAUUCACUACGGCGAGCUGUCUAAGCGCAUCCGAAAGGGCUGUGCCGACCAUGCAGACACCAACGCUGGGCUCAAGUGGCAGGACGUCGGCUUCACUGUGCAGUCUACCCUCUCCGACAUGGGUAGGAAGGCCGAGGGGGCAUUCAGUGUGGCCAAUGCUGUCGUAGAGCUCAAUCUGCCGAAGGCUAGCAUGUACAGUGAAAGCGGUAUCUCUCUUCUUACUGUUACGGAUUAUGAUGCCACGGGAAAGGCUACAGUCUCGCAGAGAGCGUUCGUUCUGAACAACUCGCGCUGUAUGGUAUUGGUCGGAGUCAACGCGUACGAGCGGCAAGCGAGACAGCCUGUGGAGGCUUCCUUGACGUGCUUUCUCUUGUCGCCAAACAAGGGCGCAGAUAGCAGUAGUGAUGCCGCGUUUGAUAUGGAGUCUUUGUUCGCCAUCGACCGUCUGCUUGCCGAGUUCCUGCAGGAUACCUUCUUCGAGACGCUCGAAGCGCUUGCGGAGGCUACAAUGCAGAGCCUGCAGGAACACUUGCUCAUUCGGAAAGCGCCAGGCUCGCAUGUACGACUACGUUUGAAGAAACCACGCGCAAUUGCGUUUGCGGAUGCGCCGUCUGUCGAAGUUUGGAGGAAAACACCUACGACAGGUUCGUGA